AAUGAAGAGGAACCAUUUAUCUCUUGUGACUAAAGUUGUCCAGGCUUCACCACCAGUGAAGCAGCCAAAACUUGAGUCCUGCUCUUCUUUGGACCAGACUCAUGUGUACACUGUUCUAGACUGGGGGAGUUUGCCUCACCACGUAGUAUUACGUGUGUUUCAGUAUCUUCCUUUAAUAGAUCGGGCCCGGGCAUCUUCUGUGUGCAGGAGAUGGAAUGAAGUUUUUCAUAUUCCUGACCUUUGGCGCAAGUUUGAGUUUGAACUGAACCAGUCAGCUACGUCGCAUUUGAGCUCCCCUCAUCCCGAUCUCAUUCGGCAGAUCAUUAAAAAGCACGCCGCCCAUCUCCAGUAUGUCAGUUUCAAGGUUGAUGGUAGUACUGAAUCAGCAGAAGCUGCCUGUGAUAUACUUUCUCAGCUGGUGAAUUGUUCUCUCCAGACCUUGGGCUUGAUUUCAACAGCUAAGCCAAACUUUGUGAAUGUGUCAAAGUCUCGUUUUGUGUCAGCACUUACAGUUGUUAUUGUCAACUCAACAUCAUCAUCGUCAAUCAAAAUUGAAGACACACCAGCGGAUGAUCCUUCUUUGAAGAUUCUUGUGGCCAAUAACAGUGAUACUCUAAGACGCCUAAAAAUGAGUAGCUGUCCUCAUGUUUUAUCGGAUGGGAUCCUUUGUGUGGCCGAUCACUGCCAAGGCCUUAGAGAACUGGCCCUGAAUUAUUCCAUGCUCAGUGAUGCACUUCUCCUGGCACUUUCACGUGAGACGCAUGUCAGCCUUGAACAUCUUCGAAUAGAUGUUGUGAGUGAAAAUCCCGGACAAGUUGGAUUUCAUUCUAUUGAAGAACAAAGUUGGCGUGCCCUUACCAGGCGCUCGCCGGGAGUUAAUGUUGUUAUGUACUUCUUUUUGUGUGAAGAGGAGCUGGCGACCUUCUUCAGAGAAGACACCCCCGUUACGCACCUUUACUUUGGUCGUUCAGUAAGCAGAGCGGUUCUAGGACGGAUAGGUCUCCGCUGCCCUCGGCUGAUCGAGUUAGUAGUGUGUGCUAAUGGUCUUCAGGCGCUUGACAAUGAACUUCUUUGUAUUGGUGAACACUGUCACAACCUAACAGCCUUGGGCCUCAGGGAAUGUGAAGUUAGCUGCAGUGCGUUCAUUGAGUUUGUCAGGCGGUGCGGGAGAAGGCUAACGCAGCUCUCUAUAACCGAGGACGUUUUGACCCCUGACGGCGAUUAUAGCCUGGAUGAAAUGCACACCGAAGUCUCCAAACACUUGGGAAGAAUAUGGUUCCCUGAUGUCACGCCUCUCUGGUAAUGGACUACCAAAGUGCUUACCUUAAAAAAUAAUAGUAAUAAUCAGGAAGAUUAGCUUCUUUCUCUCUGUGCAAAUGAAAAUUUUAAGAUGCAUUGCCGAAGUGUUUUAGGUAAAAUAUAUUCUUGUUCGCAAACUGUCUUCAUGUGAUUACAGCAGACAUUUGGAAAAGUGUGAGAAAUCUGCAAAGGCAGAAAUUGUAAGUAAGGCACAGACACUGUUUUUGUGGAUAGGAUAGUGGACGUGGUAAAAAGUACAGUUGGAUUUUUAGGGUAAGUUCCUCAGCUUGCCUUGGAAGGCGUAUUUUGGCUCAUUAAAUAAAUGUAUAAUAUGGAGCUUUGAAUCCUUUAAAGUAUGUCAUUUACAACUUUCUAUUGUUAAUUGUUUCUGUUUCAUCUUGGUAUUAAUAUGUUUUACAAAAUAUUUAAUAUUAAAAACUGAGUUCAAUCAAAAUAUAGUUACGGAGGCUGGCUUAACUGCACUCCAUUUUUAGCACGAUAUAAGAUCAUACUAUGAUUCAGUAAAUAACUGAAUUUCCGGUGCACUUUGAUUCCUGCUUUAUUGUAUUAACUCAGGAGGAAGUGGGCGUUAGAUUAAAAUUAAAUAAUAUAAUUCAUUUUAUAAAGAUAGCGGGCUUGCUGAUUGGUUAAAUACCCUCCCGAGAUUAAAAAGUAAAUUUUUCAGAGUGUGGGAGGGAAUCAGCGUUUACCGAAUAUAUUUAUGAGGUGUCUGACCCUGUGCCAGGUCCUUUGCAGAAGUGAUGUUAUAAUUUAAUUAGUAACACAGCUGAAACGCUUUAAUGGAGACUAUCCGUCCAAUGACCUGCAAGACCCUGCAAGGCCUGGUUUCUCCCCACCUCUUUGCCCUCCUUCCCUCCCACCAAGCUGCCCUUUGCCCUCUGCCCCCAUUCUCUUUCAGUUCCUUAAGUGCUGCGCACCCUGGAGUCAGAGGGCCCUUGUGCAUGGGCUCCUUUCUGCUUCAGCUGCUCUCUUUGCCCCCUCAGAUCUUUCCUUUGGAUGCCGUUUCCUCAGGGAAGCCUCCGUGACUCCCAGCGCUCCGAUUUCCCUUUGCGGCACUUGGCGCCGCUGUAAUUUGCUGCUUGCUUGCUUCUACCAUUGCGCCACAGGCUCCAUCAUUGCAAAAUCAGUGUUGGGUUUUACUCACUCUUGUAUUCCCCCCAGCAUCCAGUGUAGUAUUUAGCACAUAUUAGGCAUUCAAUAAAUUUUAUUUUAGGGACUUUCUUUUUCAAACUUGUUCCUCAAAAUCCUGCCCCCACCCCAGGAUCUUAAAUUUCUCAGAAAUCAGCUAGAUUGAAAAACAGAAUUAUGUUCAUUACUUUCCAGUUUUGCAUAUUUAUAUAGGAAGAAAAUUUUUUUAAUAUCCUCUUGAUUAAGAAAUACAAAUAUAUUGUACUUUUUAAGUGAUGAUUUUAAAAACCUAGUACAGUUCAUAACUCUUUAUUUAGGGCUGUCCUUGUGCAUAGACUCUUACCACUAUACCGUGUUCUUUGUCACUGCGAUGCUGAGAGAGCAGGCAUCUCAUUCACCUUUGGGUUUGAAAGUCUCAGAACAAUGUGUAGUACCUUCGUGCACUCUCACUGAAUGCUUGCAGGACCCGUAUUACUGGUUGAAAAAUAAAUCCCAUUUCUUAGAUAGUUAUUACUUUUGCAGAUCAUGUAAUUUAUACCUUAAGACUUCAGGAGAGGAGUUCCCAUUGUGGCUUAGUGGGUUAAGGACCCAGGGUUGUCUCUGAGGAUGUGUAUUAGAUCCCUGGCCUCACUCAGUGGGUUGCAGGCCUGGUGCUUGCUGUGGCUGGGACGUAGGCUUCAGUUGCAGCUCUGAUUCGACCCUUAGCCCGGGAGCGUCCAUAUGCCACAGGCGUGGCAUAAAAAGGAAAAAAACAAAACAAGACGUUGGGAGAGUGCAGAAGCAGCAUAUAAUAGAGAACUUAAUCGUAGCAGAAGUGGUGUACCUGAGAUGGAGGUGUCAGUCUGGUGGGGAGAUCAGAGUAGUGGGAGAAGUACUGUAGAGAUAAACCUCCAGCCCCCCGUGGUGUUACUUUCAGUGUAUACACCAGAACGGUAAGCCAUCCAAUGCUACUGGUAUUUGCACUGGAGGAUAAGGAAGCAAGGCAGAGGGGAUUUAGGGGAGGGACAUGGGGGGGUUCUCCCUAUAGCUCAUUAGCAUAGAGAGAUUAUGAGUAUCCGUGGCCUCUUUUACAGCAAAUGAGAAGUUGCUGCUCUAGAUAAUGGUCUUUGGUGGCUUAGUAGUCAAACUGAGUUAGCUAAGUGUUAUUAUGACUCUUAAAGCAAAAACUCAGCGUAAAACUCGGUCACUGAUCAGCUCACUGAAAUGACCCUAGAUGGUCUGACUUAACUAGGUUAAUAAACUGAAGAGCCAAGAUUUCUAGGAGGGCCAAAAACAAGAUGAGGAAAUACAGAGGUUUUGUUGUUAUUGUUGUUUUCAGGGUCACACCUGCAGCAUAUGGAAGUUCCCAGGCUAAGGAGUCCAGUCAGCGCUGCAGCUGCCAGUCUGCACCACAGCCACAGCAGACCUGGGAUCCGAGCCACAUCUGCAGCCUACACCACAGCUCACGGCAGUGCCAGAUCCUUAACCCACUGAGCGAGGCCAGGGAUCAAACCCACAUCCUCAUGGAUAGCAGUCGGGUUCGUAACGUGCGGAGCCACAACAGCAACUCUGAAAUACACAGUAUUUUUGGUGCUUCAUCAAAUGAAAAUCUCUCUGUUGUUGUAGAAGUCCAUGGAAAGUACUGCUGCCUUAAGAUUAUAGGAUUCUAGAUAAAUGACUCAUGUUGAUAUGAGAUGAAUUUAGACUUUUAGCCUUAGAAAUAUUUUUAGUUCUGUAAGCAAACUUUUCCUGUUAAAAAUCGUUUUGUUUUGUUUUGCUUGUUUUUGAAAGUUCUGGGAAAGUUAGGAUAAUUUUCUGGCAAAUUAUAAAUAGGGAGAAUGGGAGAAAAGUGCUUUCUUAGGUUGUACUGAAGAGACACAAAAAUUUAAUUCUCAAAUUUUUGUUUUUUCUUCCUUCUGAGUCUUGAUUGCCUUAUUUGAAUUUUAUUAAAUACUGGGGAGAGAGGCAGAUUUAAACGUCAUAUCUACUGUUAAUAUAUGCUAAGAGAGAUUAAUGUCACAAGGAUGUAAUAAUUCUUCCCUUUCUAGGCCUGGCCUCUUAAAUUGGCCCCUUAUCUUGUUCUUUCAUUGCAUUAGUUUCCUGCAAAAAAACUCAAGACAUUUGCCAACUAAGAAUUCGUUUUGUUCACAUUAUUAAUGUAGUCAUUAAACCUAGUAUCUGAUACCACAGUUUUAAGUAUAUAUUAUAAUCACUUUGAAUAAAGAAAGAGAAGUUAUUCAGUGCUAGUCUCUGUCGUUCGAACCUUUAUAAUAGUUUAGGCUGAACAUUUUAACAUUCAAAACUACAAGAAAAAGAAAUUAAAAAAAAAAAAAAAAACCCUUCUGAUACAAUGCACCAGAGGGCGCUCUAUUGUAGUGAUUCCUAAGAAAGGCGUCCUUGAGUCUAAAUUUUGUGUUGCCUUUCAGCAGAUAGGAGAGUGCUUGUGGAGUACUAGGCAGAAGGCAGCGUUCUGACUCUACCUCGGGGAAGCUCUCCAUUCCAGGUGAUGAGUCUGGUUUUUAAAACAGUCACUUCAGAGGGUUGACUGUUUAGAAGGCUAAGCAUAUAUUUCAUUGUCCAAAGAUUUUACAGCCCCUUUCAAAAUUGCCUUUAAAUUCUCUGCACUAUUUCCUUUUUUCAUGUUCUCAGUGGGGACACAGCUUUUGUUCUUUGACAAUGAAUGUAAUUUUUGGAAACAACUUCAGGUUACUUGGCACGAAGGAGUUGAAUAAGGUAGAUGAUCAAACCAGAUGGUACCGAAGAUAGUUUUGUUCUUUUUAACCAGAAUUAAAUUCUAAAAUUAAAUUGAAUUUGCUAGCCUUGCGUUAGAUGUUAUGACGUGGUAGAGAACAGUAUCUAACUGGAGACGCGAAAGUACUAAUUGUGUUUUAUAGACUCCAACCUGUCUGAGCAUCAUCACGUAACCUGUCUUCUUCCUGAACACACACCUGUGGGUCCUGUUGCCUCUAUAAUGUCUUAUUCUUAAUCAUAAAUACUCAUGAAAUCACCUCCCAGCCAUAAGACUACAGCACCGAUGGUAACUUAAAUUUUUCUUAGGAUUCUUCCCUAUCCAUUCCUGAGAUAACUAGUGUUCGUUGUUUGAUUUCCUUCUUACAUAUUUUCAUCACAUAUGUACAUGGUCCUAAAAAUUACGUUUUGGCUUUGAUUGUUUUGACUUUAUAAAAAGAGUAUCUUGC